AACAGCUGUGCUUGUAUAAACAUCAGGUGUUACGAAAUUAGAUCGGCAAUAUUAUUGUAGCCAUUUUCCCGAAAGUGUUAAUCCUUACUUCUGUAAGGAUGAUAGCUACAGGAGUACGAAGAUUAAUUGGUCAUGCAGUGAGGCCUACUCACAGAAUACUGGGGAUUCAAUACAAUCGGAACAACAGUAGUAAGAAUCCUAAAGCCGGCGUCGCAGAACCAGACACAAUUUUCGACAAGAUCAUCCAAAAAAAGAUUCCGGCUGAUGUGUUUUACGAAGAUGAGAAGUGUAUCGCAUUCAAUGAUAUUUCUCCUCAAGCUCCGGUUCAUUUUCUAGUUAUACCCAAGCGCAAAAUCCCCAAACUAGAAGACAGUAAACCUUCUGAUACUGAGCUACUUGGCCAUCUCAUGCACGUUGCUGGGCAGUUAGGAAAAUCAAAGUCACCCGAUGGCUUCCGACUCGUUGUGAAUAAUGGCGAUCUCGGAUGUCAAACUGUUCAUCAUAUUCAUCUGCAUGUUAUCGGAGGUCGGCAGCUUGUAUGGCCGAUUUUUGAUUUUUACUGCAUUAUCAAACUACCGAUCACUAUGUCAGCCGAAGAACCAAUGCUAGAUAAUGAUCAACAAUCGUUUCAACAAGUACAACCACUAGAAAUUACAAAAGUUAGUGAUGCGAUGGCAAGUGCUUCGAUUGACGAAAUGCAACCCAAAACAUUAGAACUUGCAGAUACGUUCCGAUUAGUUAUGAGCGAUGCAUUCUCUUUUCCCUCGGAAGCAAAUCUAUCCUCCACUUCAACCCAGUCAUCUUUGCUUGCUCCGUUUCCUGCUUUUGACGUUGGUUCCCCUCACCAGUCACGGAACGCGCUGAAGGCUCGUAUACCACAUCGCACACGGCCAUACUUAUACGCAAGCUACGUACAAAAACGCCCAUCUCAGACCUUGGUGACACGAUUCCUGGAGGCAGUUUCCCUUAACAAUACAAAUAAGGUAGAAGAAAUGAUUCACAAGGGAAUGUCCCCGGACACUUCGGAAGGUUUCUUCAAUCGUUCGGCACUGCAUAUCGCGUGUAGUCGAGGUUACCUAGAUACGGUCAAGGUGUUGCUCGUGAACGGGGCUAAUCCAAACAUUCGAGAUAAAAAUCUAAACACUCCGCUACACUUGGCCACCUGCACAGAAAAUAUAGAGGUAGUACAGACACUACUGGACUAUGGCACGAACGUCUUGCUGAAGGAUUCCAAAGGGUUUUUGGCACUGGAAAUAGCAAUCAGCAAGUUGCGGCUUUCGGAACGAAUCAGGACAAUCAUGAAACGUGGCACUCGCAUGCAGAUAGUAACGGUCUGCGAACGGAUAUUUGCGGCCUUCCGGGAACAGCGUUGUGAUCCAUUACAGGAGGAGUUUUCCAGUCAAGAUUUAGAGGAUAUGUUUCAAAACUUUUCGUCGCAGCUCGAGCAGGUUCGUCGAAGGCAGCUCGAGUUGGACUCGAUUGGUUCGAUCGAUUCAAUUGUAGAUAAGGUUAAUAAUUUGCAGCUAAAGAUUGAAAUCGACAACGACGUCGAUUCAUUGCUGUCUACCUUACAUCAAUUUUCUCUAAAAUCGUAA